AACCCUGGAACCCUACACUGGGGUACUGAGUGCCCCAGGGAAUUUUGUUUUUGCUGUAACUCGGUGUUGGCAACCCUGACGGCGCUCACCUGCCAUGACUUUUCAUUGGCCUUGACAGUCAAUCAGUGGCUGUUGUUGUCGCACACGUAGCGUAUCAGGCUUGAGCUGUAAACUGGUUUUGGGGCACCCAGUACCCCAGUGUAGGGUUAAUGCAAGUUUUUUGUGGUGUGUUUACAUUUUCAAUUGUGGCUUAAUUUUUUUAUUACUUGUGUUAUUUGUGUUCGUUUUGGUAGCUAUGGAUAAAAAACUCACAGACGAUGAAAUUUUAGCAGAGUUAUUUAGGUCUAAGUCAGAUUUAAUUUAUAAUGAAACAAAUAUCACUGAUAACUUUGAAGAUGUAUCUGAUGGUGAGGGGGGAACUGAUGUUGUUGAAGACGAUGAUGUCCUUCCGGAUGUUUUUUCCCCUGAUGCAUCUGAAGACGAAUAUAUACCUCCUUCUAGUGAAGAAGAUACAGAUGAUGAAACCCAAAGACCAAGUAAAAAACAAAGAAUAAAUGAGGCAGACUUACAACCUGGAACUUCUACUGCAGAACAAGGUGAAGAAGAGGAGAAAGAAAGUGAAGAAAAUGAAAGAGAAGAAGAAGGUAGUCAAGGUGAGGAUACAAUGCAAAACUUACCUGAUUAUAUUAUUAGGCCUAAAAAAAAACAACUGGUAGGCAAAAAUAAGUAUAGAUGGUCAACCAAACCUCCAAAAAGAGCUGGUCGAACCCCUCGACGAAACAUAAUUUUCAUGAGAUCCCGACCUGCUGGAGCUGCUCGGGGUGUUACGAAUGCUGAAAAUCUGUUUUCCUUAUUUGUAAAUGAAACCAUAAUCGAUGCAAUUGUAAAGUACACAAAUCAAGAGAUUUUAAUUCAAAAAGUAAACUACAAUGAUUCAACUUUUACCAAAGAGACUACUAAUAAAGAAGUUAGAGCCUUACUCGGACUCUUGAUUUAUUUUGGAGCAUUAAAUCACAACCACACGUCUACAAAAGUUCUUUGGCACGAAAGUAGGGGCCUUCGCAUCACCAGAACUGUAAUGCCCUUAGCAAGAUUUGAGUUUUUAAUCAACACAUUACGAUUUGAUGACAAGUUAACGCGAGACGCUCGAAAGGAAAUUGACGCCCUUGCACCAAUUCGAGAGGUAUGGGAUAAGUUUAUUGAACAUUGUAAGGAGUAUUACAUCCCUGGACCGUACUGUUGUAUUGAUGAACAGCUCCUGGCUUUUCGAGGGAAUUCACGGUUCCGUAUGUAUAUCCCAAAUAAACCAGCAAAAUAUGGUUUGAAGUUGGUCAUGCUCUGCAACUCUAAUGGUUAUUUGAUCAAUGCCAUCCCAUACACUGGGAAAAAAAUGAAUACAGGAGGACAACCACAAGCUGCAUUUUUUGUGGAAAAAUUAUCAGAAACCAUUCAAGGCAGUAAUAGAAAUAUUACUGUUGAUAAUUGGUUCAGUUCAGUCCCUCUAUUCAACGACAUGCUGAGUAAAUACAACUUGACCAUGGUGGGAAAAAAAAAUAAGAAUGUACUUCUACUAUCAAACAUGCACCAGGGAUACUCCAUGCAACAGAACUCAAAGCUGCCAGAAAUAAUUCACUUUUAUAACAAUACCAAAGGCGGAGUGGAUUUGUUGGAUCAAAUGUCUGCUCAGUAUUCCUGUAGUAGGAAAACAAGAAGAUGGCCUGUGUGUCUCUUUUAUGGCAUCUUGAAUAGUGCCUGUGUUAAUUCUUACAUCAUCUACAAGGAGAACACUUUUCUGAACAAGCAAACUCCACAACCAAGAGUAGAGUUUUUAUUUACCCUGGCAGAAGGUCUGAUGAAGCCUUGGUUAGAGGAAAGACUACAAACACCAACACUGCGUAGAGGAAUUCGCCUUGCGAUUGCCGAACAACUUGGUAUCGAUGAGCCCAGACACGCAGAGAACGACAACCGACGUGCCGGAAGGUGUUGCAUCUGCCCCCGUUCCAGAGAUGUCAAAACCACUAUAAAGUGUAUUGAGUGCAAAAUGUUUGUAUGUAAAAGUCAUUCCCUAUCUAUCUGUGCUAAUUGCAGGGAAUAAAGUGUGUGAACAUGACUUAAAACUAAAACCAUACAAAAGUAUCCAAGAAAAUGUAAGUUUUUCAAUUUUCUUUUUUUAUGAGUAAAAUAAAUGUCAGAUAUGUCUUUAAAUUGUUAUUAAGGAAAUAAACAUAAACCAAACAAAUUGUUAGUUGAGGUUUUUUAAUAAAAUUUAAGUUUUUAAAACAAAAUGUUGAGUUUUUGUUUUUGGGGAACCCAGUACCCCAGAGUAGGGUUCGUGUUUCUAGAAAGUAAGUGUAGGAUUUCAGG